AUGACCAUCGGCAGCAGCAUGAGCAGCGGCUACUGCAGCUUGGAUGAAGACCUCGAGGAUUGCUUUUUCACGGCCAAAACCUCGUUCUUCCGCAGCGCGCAGAGCAAGGUCCCUGCCAAGAAUGUGACACAAACGGUAGAAGAAGAAAAACCUGAGCCUCCAACCAUCCAGGAGAUCAAACAGAAGAUUGAAAAGUACAAUGCAAAGGUCACCAACUGCCUGUUGAUGAAACUGAACGACAAUGGGACGUACACGGGGUUCAUCAAGGUGCACCUGAAGCUGAGGCGCCCGGUGACGGUGCCAGCCGGGAUCCGGCCCCAGUCCAUCUACGAUGCCCUCAAGGAGGUGAACCUGGCAGAGAUGACAGACAAGAGAACCUCCUUCUACCUGCCCCUGGAUGCCAUCAAACAGCUGCACAUCAGCAGCACGACCACGGUGAGCGAGGUGAUCCAGGGGCUGCUGAAGAAGUUCAUGGUGGUGGAUAACCCCCAGAAGUUUGCACUUUUCAAGGAGAUGCGGAAAGAUGGGCAAGUGCUCUUGCAGAAGCUCCCUCUCACCGAGUACCCCCUGUACCUGCGGCUGCUGGCGGGCCCUGACACGAAUGUGCUGAGCUUUGUGCUGAAGGAAAACGAAACGGGGGAAGUUGAGUGGGACGCCUUCUCCAUCCCAGAGCUGCAGAACUUCCUGAUGAUCCUGGACAAAGAAGAGAAGGAGAAAAUCCAGCAAGUGCACAGGAAGUACGAGAGGUUCAAACAGAGACUGCAACAGACCCUGAAAGAAGCCAGAGGCAAACCUGGAUAACCUUCAGGAGGCACUGGGCAUCAGACUAAGCUAGAGACUGUUUUAAAAUGAAAAGACUUCUCAGGACACCUUAGUUGUCAUUCUCCCUCUUCAACCUUCCAUAAGGACUGGCUCCCAGCACCCCUAAAGUGAUCCUAUUGCAUUUUCUUCUUCUGAAACCUCUUCUCCCAGGACCAGACCCAGUCCAAGAACGGGAAGCCUGUUUUUGAAAC